AUGAAACGUUUCUUCACUGUACGAAUAACCAUGCAACAGCAGCUGUGUCUUCUCCACUUAAGUUUUUGCGCCGCCUUAGUGGGUGUGAUAAGAAAUUGCCGAAGUGAUUUUGUUACUUUGCGACGGCAAAGUCAUUGGACGAUGGCAGAUUUCAACGCUACACCGACAAAUAGUCGCAAAUUGUUAAAUAGUGAGAUAAGAGAAUGGAACCGCUUUACCGAUAUUGCCAACCAUUAUCAACUACGUUUUAAACCUUUGCGUCUAAUGCCACGUUUGCUUGAGAAUAAAGUGUCACACAAGCCGACGUCAACGAAAUCCAACGUUACGGAUGGGGAAGCUGCAGUUGUAGGAACAGAUGCCGAGCAAGCCGCAGAUGCGGAGCUGUUGAACAACCCUUUCUCAAAUACUCGCGUUCCGCAUAUACGACCGCAUGCCACAAGCACAGUGAGAUCGCCGAUUAGACCUUCAGCUUUGGUCCCAAUACCAGCCGCGAGCUCCAGUCUGAUGCCAUUGACCAUAGCGAAUAUAGCACAAGCAACCGAUGCCGUGAACUCUAUCAUGAGACCACCACAAAUUGGAUUUACAAGGCCGCAGUUACUCUUUCAUGGCGCACCGUUCAAACUUAAUUUGUUGCAGCAAAAGCAUACGACCAAAAAGACAAAGAGCAAGGGAUUUCUCAGCCUCUUCGAGGUUAUAAAAUUCGAGAAUACCAAAUGCUCGGUGGCUAUGGAUGAGAUUGAUAUACGAGUGCGUGCUUUAGAGGGUAUUUGUUAUCACGAGUUCGAAUGUAAAAGCUUAGGUGGCAUUCCGACCGAACCAUGCGCGGAGGGUGUGGGAGUGUGUUGCGUGUUUUUGACCGGUUGCGGCGAUACGACCAAACAGUCGGUAGUCUACUUUGAAAGCCCAAACUAUCCGAAUCCAGUACGCGAAAUGUUAAUUUGUGUGUUGAUCAUAAAUUUACGUGAUAAUGUGCAGCAAUUGCGUUUGGAUUUUAUUCAGUUUGAGAUUAAUCGCCCUACCGAUGGGGACUGCGUGGAGGAUCAAUUCAUUGUCUCUGGUCAGAACCUAAAUUUUGCUGUGCCCAUUCUAUGCGGCAUUAACACCGGCCAUCAUAUUUAUGUCGAUGUCAACAAUUCAUUCGAGAGGAAAAUUUAUCUGUCCUUUAUUACUAAACUGGCCAAUGGAGAUCGUGCCUUCAACAUAAAAGUAUUACAGCUGGAGAGCGAUUUGGCCCCUGAGGGUUGUUUGCAGUUUUACACAGAAAACGAUGGCGAAGUGAAGUCAUUCAAUUAUGAUGCCGACGGCGCUUUUGUCAACAAGGCGGUCGCAACAUAUUUCAAUAAUCUAAAUUAUGUAAUUUGUCUACAACGAUCCAAGGACAUGUGUUCGGUUAGUUACAACACCGAGCUAAAUGGUGGCGAACAACUCGACUUUCAAAUCACUAACAAAGACGAAGACGAAGUGGACUUGGUGCCGGAUGGUCAGGCGGGUGCUGGUAUUUUUAAUUGUCCGGACGAUUAUAUCGCCAUCAAUCAAGUGCGGCUCUGCGGCGAGCGCUUCAACGAUGGCACCGUUUCGGACGACUUCACUCAAAAUGCACCGGUUAAGGACGUCGCAGCGGGACCAAUUAUAUUACCAGUGCACAGCGAUGACGAGUAUGUGGGUCGCGGCUUUCACCUAAUCUACAAACAGGAGUUAUGCAUUUGAGGCGCAACGGAGUUACUCGUUUCGUUUUGUCCCUUUUUGCAUGCAAUGCAUGGUUCCUUUUAUUCUUUUGUGAUCAUUCUCUAUUAUCUAUUGUGGAAUUUUGCUGGAUUUGCAUGUG